UGACAAUGAGCGCACUAGUCUAAGGAGAGUGUUUCGCAGCUUUCGCUUCCAACUUAAGAAAGAAAACUCAUCCCAUUUAGGUGGUGCUGCUGGUGGUCACUUCCCCUCCGGCAGCGGCGGUGGUCCAUAUAAACAAAAACUCAGCCACACGCGCCACCAGAAUCUUCUUGUUAACCUAUUGAAUAAGCUCAAACCAACGCAUUGAACGCCACUUUUUCAUAUUGCACGCUCACUGUUUGUGAAAAUGUUAACAAGCACUACUUUCCUUCUUCUACGUCCGUUCAAGAAAGAGGAACUUGAGAACUCAAAUGUUGAGCUUUCCUUAGCAUUCUCCACAUCAUUUUGUUUUAACACGCUAGUCUAACGUUUAAGCUAUGCUUGGACGCGAUUUCAAGACAUGGGGUUCCAUCAUCUGUAGAUUAUGUUUAGACGCAAGGCACCAUGAAGCCUUGUCCCUUUUCCAUCACUGCUUAAAGGGUUGUGAAGCUUUCAAACCCGAUCACAGUGUCCUUGCUUCUAUUCUAAAGUCUUGUUCUAUCCUUUUGGCUCCCAAAUUGGGCAGAGCUUUGCACAGUUAUGUUGUCAAACAAGGCCAUGGUUUUUGCCAGGUUACCAAUAAAGGGUUGCUCAACAUGUAUGCCAAGUGUGGCAUGCUUGAUGAGUGCCUCAAGCUGUUUGAUCAGAUUAGUCAUCAAGAUCCUGUAACUUGGAAUAUUGUUUUGUCUGGGUUUUCAUGGUCCAACAAAUGUGAUGCUGAUGUGAUGAGGGUGUUUAGGUUGAUGCAUUCGAGUGGGGAGGCUAUGCCGAGUUCUGUUACCAUUGCUAUUGUCCUUCCUGUUUGUGCUCGUUUGGGGGACCUGGAUGCUGGAAAGUGUGUGCAUGGGUAUGUUAUCAAGUCUGGUUUUGAGCAAGACACCCUUGGUGGAAAUGCACUUGUCUCAAUGUAUGCAAAGUGUGGGCUGGUGUCUCGCGAUGCGUGUGCUGUCUUUGAUAAUAUUGUUCACAAAGAUGUUGUUUCGUGGAAUGCAAUGAUCGCUGGCCUGGCUGAGAAUGGGUUGGUGGAAGAUGCAUUUUUGUUGUUCAGUUCAAUGGUGAAAGGACCUACGCGACCGAAUUAUGCAACUGUUGCAAAUAUUCUUCCUGUUUGUGGAUCAUUUGAUAAGAGUGUUGCGUACCGUUGUGGAAGGCAGAUCCAUUCUUAUGUUCUGCAGUGGCCUGAAUUGUCAGCUGAUGUUUCUGUCUGUAAUGCUUUGAUUAGUUUCUACUUGAGAGUUGGGGAGAUGAGGGAAGCAGAAUCUUUGUUUUGGUCAAUGGAUGCAAGGGAUUUGGUCUCUUGGAAUGCUGUUAUCGCGGGAUAUACAUCAAAUGGUGAAUGGUUAAAAGCAUUGCAUCUGUUUGGUAAUUUAACAUCUCUAGAUAUGUUAUUGCCAGAUUCUGUGACUAUGAUCAGCAUACUUCCAGCUUGUGUACAGUUGAAAAACUUGCAGGUGGGGAAACAAAUCCAUGCAUAUAUUUUCAGACAUCCUUUCCUUUUUUUUGAUACUGCUGUUGGAAAUGCUUUAGUAAGUUUCUAUGCAAAAUGUGGUUGUUCAGAAGAAGCGUAUCGUACAUUUUCUAUGAUAUUCAGGAAAGAUUUGAUUUCAUGGAAUUCUAUUUUUGAUGCCUUUGGAGAGAAGAGGCAUCAUUCAAGAUUUUUCAGCUUGUUACAUUUGAUGCUUAAACUUGGAAUUAGACCUGACUCAGUUACAAUAUUGACCAUAAUCCGUUUUUGUGUUUCACUUUCGAGAGUAGAAAAGGUUAAAGAAAUACAUAACUAUUCAAUUAGAACAGGAUCUUUAUUAAGUGAUACUGCACCAACAGUUGGCAAUGCAAUACUCGAUGCAUAUUCCAAAUGUGGUAACAUGGAGUAUGCUAACAAAAUGUUUCAGAAUCUCUCAGAGAAAAGGAAUCUAGUCACAUGCAAUUCACUGAUAUCUGGUUAUGUAGGUUUAGGAUCACAUCAUGAUGCAAAUAUAAUAUUUAGUGGAAUGUCAGAGACAGACCUUACUACAUGGAAUCUUAUGGUUCGAGUAUAUGCCGAAAAUGAUUGUUCAGAACAAGCUCUUGGGUUGUUCCACGAGUUACAAGCUCAAGGGAUGAAACCUGAUGCAGUGACUAUCAUGAGCCUCCUUCCAGUAUGCACACAAAUGGCAUCAUUACACUUGCUGAGCCAGUGUCAUGGGUAUAUUAUUCGAUCUUGUUUUAAGGAUCUUCACCUUGAAGCAGCCCUCUUAGAUGCAUAUGCCAAAUGCGGCGUCAUAGGCCGCGCAUAUAAGAUAUUUCAAUCAAGUAUGGAUAAGGAUCUGGUUAUGUUUACUGCAAUGAUUGGUGGGUAUGCGAUGCAUGGCAUGAGUGAAGAAGCACUUUGGGUUUUUUCUCAUAUGCUCAAGUUGGGAAUCCAGCCAGAUCAUAUUAUCUUUACUUCCGUAUUAUCUGCUUGCAGUCAUGCUGGCCGCAUCGAUGAAGGACUGAAGGUAUUUUAUUCAAUAGAGAAACUUCAUGGUAUGAAACCAACUAUGGAACAGUAUGCUUGUAUGGUGGAUCUCCUGGCUCGAGGCGGCCGCAUUAGUGAAGCAUACUCUCUUGUGACCAGUUUGCCAAUUGAAGCCAAUGCUAAUCUUUGGGGUUCAUUGCUUGGUGCCUGCAAAAUCCACCAUGAAGUAGAAUUGGGGCGUGUUGUAGCCAACCAACUCUUCAAAAUUGAAGCUAACGAUAUAGGAAACUACAUUGUAUUGUCAAAUUUGUAUGCAGCCGAUGCUAGAUGGGAUGGGGUGAUGGAAGUCAGAAGAACGAUGAGGAACAGAGAUUUGAAAAAACCAGCUGGAUGCAGCUGGAUCGAAGUUGAAAGAACAAAUAACAUUUUUGUGGCUGGAGACUGUUCCCACCCUCAAAGAAGCAUUAUUUACAGUACAUUGCAUACAUUGGAUCAACAAGUUAAAGAACCCGUGGAGUUUUUAGCGUGAUCUUGUAUAUGUAUCAUGGUAUUGUGAAGACACAUCUUAUAGAUAUAUUUGUUGACCCAACCCAGCAAGAAUUAAUUUUCUUUCAAUAGGAUGAAAAAUACUUGUAUAAAUCACCACUCCAUAAAUUGAGUAGACUAAACGAAUUAGCAAUAGAUAAAUUAUUUCAUGGAGCAAGGAUUUAUAUGACUACAGAAUAUAAAGCGAUAAUGUGUUCAUUGCUAUUUAGUAUGUAUACUCAAAUUAUCACAUGGCUGAUAUUUGCAGUUCAAAAACA